CUUUUUACGUUAUCUCCUCUCUCGCGCGGCCGGUUUCCUCGUCGAGGGCCGGGUCAUUGUUUGUAUCCUUGGCGAUUAUUCCUAGGCUUUGUUCGCCGCGUCUAUCUAAUUCUGCCCCUCAGUGUAGCCUUUGCUUCUCAAGGGCGGCCAUCAAACAGCCAUGCCAUCGACUCCAUCAACGAAAUUCUCGAGCUUCCGCUACUUCGAUCCUUCAGGUCUUACUUAAAGUUUCCAUUUUAUCUCUAAGCUCUAUGGGAGCUCUCUCCAAGCUCUGGUGUCUUGGUCCGAGGCGCUGUCAGGACCGGGUUAGGCUGCUCACAAUCUACAAGUUUAGAGACUUGGAGCUGGCCACUGGCAACUUUGCCGAGGAGAACUUGCUGGGACGGGGAAGCUAUGGCUCGGUUUACAAGGCAGUCCUCAAGAACGGCCAGCUUGCAGCGGUGAAGCGGGCCACUUGCACCACCGCGAAUCCUUCCACCAGCAAGGAGCGCUUUAUCCUCUCCCAGAUCGAGUGCCCUCACGUCGUCAACUUGCUGGGCUUCUGCGAGCGCAACGACGAAGUCCUCCUGGUUGUGGAGUUCAUGGCCAACGGCAGCUUGCACGACGUGCUCCACUCCAAGCUCUCGUCCUCGAGCCUCAGCUGGUCGCGCCGGGUCCGCAUCGCAGUCCAGACCGCAAGGGCGCUCCACGCGCUCCACAGCUCUACGCCGCAGAUCAUCCACAGGGACGUGAAGAGCUCCAACGUUUUGAUCGACGCGAAUUGGAACGCUCGGCUGGGGGACUUUGGCCUGGCGCUGCGAGGCGACACCAAGGACAUCAUGUGUACUCCGGCGGGAACGCUCGGCUACGUGGACCCGCGCUACGACAAGCCCGAGAAGGUCGGGCCCAAGAUCGACGUCUUCAGUUUUGGCGUGCUCCUCCUGGAGCUCAUCUCCGGCCGCCAAGUUAUCGACGACAGGAUGUCUCCAGUCCGCAUGGUGGACUGGGCGUUGCCGCUGAUCAAGCAGGGGAGGGCUCUGGCUAUCUGCGACCCGCGCGUGAGGAUCCCGGAGGGAGAGGCAGCAGGGAUCAAGCGGAUGGCGGUGCUGGCGGCGCGGUGCGUGAGGCGGGAAAGCAAGCGGCCGUGCAUGGGUGAUAUCGUGCUCACGCUGUGCCAGAUCCAGCGCGACCGCUUCCAUACUUCCAGGAGCAGCAGGAAGAUGGUGAUCAAGCGCGCGAUACUUUCGUGUCCCAAGGACACCGGAGUGAUUAGUUUUGAUGAGCGAUUCUCCUCGUCCUCGAAGUCGAAGUCGAAGUGGAGCUUGCAGCAGGGAGGAGACCAGCAGAAAGUGAUUAAAGUGGAUGUUCCGUAUCGAAAGUUGGAGUUUCCACCACCCAUCAAUCAGCCAGUCACUCUGAGAAGUAGCCACAUUUGAAUUCUCAGGAAUGCCAGAUUGGCUUGCAAAGAA